GUCACACAGAAAACAAAAAAUUUUUUCGAAAGCAGACACAUUUCGCGGAUCCAUCGGGGACUUGUGCAAAAAGCCCAAUUGCGAACGCCGUCGUGCCGCCGUGAAAACGCCGCUAAUCAGAAGACCUGGUCAGAAUCAACCGUUUGCCUCUCGCGACGUUCCUUAGGAAAAGCAGAAAUUUUCUCGCCGUAUUUUUCGUAUUUUCACCGUCAGCGAAACGCCGCGUGUGUCGUUGUGUGCGUGUGUGUGUCUGUGUGUGCCCGCCCGCCCAUCUGUGUGAGUGUGAGAGCGCGCGUGUGUGAGUGUCAGUUUUGGUGAGAGCCGCAACAACAACAAAAACAGCAUAAAAGAAAACCAAAAUCGACAAAUGCGGUCAAAUUGAAAAGAAAAACAAAAAUCAAAGAGUAUAUCUCGCGCAAAGCCAAAAGGCAAAGUCAAAAAGCACAAAGCCAGGAAAAAAACGCAGAUUUUCCAACGGAAAAGCCGGAAAAUUGCCCACUAGGCGUGUCGCUGCUUCUUCUUUCAAAUUGUUUAUGCUGCAAUUGGCGUAGUGAGCGAAAGACAGAGAGAGAAAAAGAAAGGUCUUAUCAACGAGCGCUUAUCAGAAUCCGCAGAUUUGUUGCGAAUAAAUUCCAACUAGCUGAAGUUCGCAGUAGAACCGCACUAAGCGGUAAAAAAAGAACAUCAAACAAACAGUUACCCAACCAGCCGUCAGCAAAUCGGUCAUUUCCAUUUCGAGCAGCCAAAGAUUGAGGAAACCCAUUGGCCAGCAGUCCCACAUUCAAUCAAGCGCAAAUUGGUUCAACUUGCACAAAAGGGCACAUUUCGGCCUUGCAAAUUCCAAUCUUGAAACUAAAUGACGCCUGUGUCUGAAACGGAAACCGAAACCCUGCUGCCAAAUACCGCAACGCUGGACGCCAGACGACGGCCACAAAUUAGCCAGCCAGCCGUAGAUUUGCAAGUCUAAGGAGUCGCCCAGGAGCCAAGUGAAAAGCAGAAAGGAUCCCUGUGCAAAGGAGCCAGCCAAGGUCAAACACGGGAACCACAUCAAAGGGGAAGGACCAACCAGCCAGUGCGACUGCGACUAUUUUUUCGAGAGCGCCAAAGGAUUCAUUAAAAAACCGCCAACCUGGAACUAAUGGAAUUAGAGAAUAUUGUGGCCAAUACGGUCUACUUGAAAGCGAGAGAAGGUGGUUCCGACAGCAACAAGGGAAAGAGCAAAAAAUGGCGCAAAAUAUUGCAAUUCCCACACAUAUCGCAAUGCAUCAACCUGAAAGACAAAUUAGACAUAAGCUAUGGCUACGUGAUAGAUCAGCAACCCAUUGGUCGUGAGCUCUUCCGCCUGUUUUGCGAGAACAAGCGGCCCGUCUACUUUCGCUACAUCACCUUCCUGGAUGAGGUGGUCAAAUACGAGAUCGAGUACAUCUCGAACCGCAUAUUCAUUGGCCAUGACAUCGGCCGGCGCUUCUUGGACGUCGAGGCCCAGCUGGAGCUGCGCAACGGCAGCGGUGGCGACGCCCUGGACGCCGAGACGCAGGAGGAGCUGCUGCUCAACAGCAGCAAUGCCAAUCCAACUGAAACAGCUGAGACUGAACACUGCAACAAUACCACCGCCAACAACUGCAACAACAUCAACAACAGCAACAGCAACGACAUUAAUCACAAGAAGCUGGACACGCGCAAUCACAACGGCGACGAUGCCACCGGGAAUGGGAGCGGCAAUGGCCACCAGGAGGACGAGGACGACGGCGAGGGCGUCAAGAGCCUGGAUGGUCAUGGUGAUGCGGAAAAGGGCGGUGGUAUCGGCGGCGGGGGAGAAGGAGGCGGAAAGGGUGGACCCCAUGUGGGCGGAUAUCCCGACGAACUCGUGCUGGACGUGCUCAACGAUGAUCUCAUUGCGCAAGUGCGUAACAAACUCAACAGCGGCGGCAAGGACAUCUUUGCCCAGUGUGUGAAUGCGGUUAAGGCGUUCCUGGCCGGCGAGCCGUUCCGGGAGUUCGAGAGCUCUAUGUACUUCCACCGAUAUUUGCAGUGGAAGUGGCUGGAGGCGCAGCCAAUCACCUAUAAAACGUUUCGCAUGUACCGGGUGCUCGGAAAGGGCGGUUUCGGCGAGGUGUGCGCCUGUCAGGUGCGGGCCACUGGGAAAAUGUACGCGUGCAAAAAGCUGGAGAAAAAACGCAUCAAGAAGCGCAAGGGCGAGUCGAUGGUGUUAAUCGAGAAGCAGAUACUGCAGAAAAUCAACUCGCCAUUCGUGGUCAAUCUGGCCUACGCGUACGAGACAAAGGAUGCCCUCUGCCUGGUGCUGACCAUAAUGAAUGGCGGCGAUUUGAAAUUCCACAUUUACAACAUGGGCGGCGACCCGGGAUUUGAACUGGAGCGUGCCCGCUUCUACGCCGCCGAGGUGGCCUGCGGCCUGCAGCACCUGCACAAGCAGGGCAUCGUCUACCGAGACUGUAAGCCGGAGAACAUCCUGCUCGACGAUCACGGCCAUGUCCGUAUCUCCGACCUGGGACUGGCCGUCGAGAUUCCGGAGGGCGAGAUGGUGCGCGGCCGGGUGGGCACAGUGGGGUACAUGGCCCCCGAGGUCAUCGACAACGAGAAGUACGCCUUCUCCCCGGACUGGUUCAGCUUUGGCUGCCUGCUGUACGAGAUGAUCGAGGGGCAGGCGCCGUUCCGGAUGCGCAAGGAGAAGGUCAAGCGCGAGGAGGUGGACAGGCGCGUUAAGGAGGAUCCCGAAAAGUAUUCAAGCAAGUUUAACGACGAAGCCAAAUCAAUGUGCCAACAGCUGUUAGCUAAAUCGAUAAAGCAGCGCCUGGGCUGCCGCAACGGACGCAUGGGCGGGCAGGAUGUGAUGGCCCACCCGUUCUUCCACGCCACCCAGCUCAAUUGGCGUCGCCUGGAGGCUGGCAUGCUGGAGCCACCCUUUGUGCCAGACCCGCACGCCGUUUACGCCAAAGAUGUGCUCGAUAUUGAACAGUUCUCGACGGUUAAGGGCGUCAAUAUCGACGAAUCCGACACGAAUUUCUAUACGAAAUUCAACACUGGCUCCGUGUCCAUUUCAUGGCAGAACGAGAUGAUGGAGACCGAGUGCUUUCGGGAGCUGAAUGUCUUUGGUCCCGAGGAGUGCCCCACGCCGGACUUGCAGAUCAACGCGGCGCCUGAACCUGACAAGGCGGGCUGUUUCCCAUUUCGCCGAAAGAAGAAGCAGCCGGCUCGCACACAGCCUAUUCCCAUUCCCGAGCAUCUGCUUACCACUAGUCACAGCGUGUCCUCCACGACGGUCGAGAGCUGAUAGCAUAGAUCGCUCGAGGAUGCCUCUAAGCGGACGCCUGACGUAGACGUCGACACAUAGCACAAAUUGCGCACAGAUACCCCGGAUCGGAGGUUUUCAGCAGGAGCGGAAGCAGAAGAACAUCAUAGCACAACCUAAUUACAAACCAAAACCGAUAUCGGUUUCCCACUCAGUUGACGCGCAAGGAGCAUUUUUGAAAUUGUAUUUUUACAACAAAUUUUCUAAUGAAAUUGCAAGCUGAUUUUGACCACACUACACACACAACAUAUAUUUAUAAAUGUUUCCAAAUGACUUCAAACCGAAACAAAAACACACACAUUAAGCACACAUUAGAGUGUUAAUUAAUUGAAACCGUGGUAGCAUGAAUACCACUCACUAUAAGGCCGUCAGUUUGUCACAGCACCCAAGAAUAAUGUUACUUAAAUACGAGCGCUAUUUAAUAUCUAAUUGAUCAUCUAUGACAUGCGUCGCCGGAGGCAGGACAACAGCAGGAGAACGAGGAGGAGCAGGAGCGGGAGCAGUACUAUGUAGACGGCAGAGUAGAGGCAACGCCAGCAGAGUAAUGUGUAAUUUUUGUAUAGUAGUUUGUGCUCAACGGGACCGCGUUGGAAGAUAGAUGUUCUAGUUAGCAUUUGUAAGUUAAGAAAAUGACAUGAAUACUCGAAAACUUGAAUGCAUUUUUAACAAAUACUUAACACAUGCUACUACUAUAUUGUACAUGCAUAGAUACAUAGAUACAUAGUUACGAUACGAGCGUACAACCUAAACAGAUUGUAAAUUUUAAAACCUAUGAUUAUUUAUACGACUCCUAAGUUUUAUUGCCGCACACCUUUGCUAAGCUUUCAUAUUGUUCUUUGACUCUUUUCUGUUGCCUAAGUUUAAGUUGGCCCGAUGGCCGCAGGUUCCCGCGGGAGAACGUUAUUACUGAUAUUUGUUUCGUCAUGCAAUAAAUUGAACAGCAAGUAAUGCUAACUAAUGCUAAUUCAUUGAGAUAUCGAUGUCAGCUAGUGUCUAAGUUUUGUGUAAACGUAGCGUAGGCAUUUUGUAAUUAGCAGCAAAGAAAAAAACGAAAACAAUGGAAAACCAAUUGGAGAAUUUAUUAUGUUAAUAUGGAAAAUUGAUUAUGAUUAUUGAACUUGUUGGCAUUGGCAGCGAGUCUUAGUUCCAAUUCACUUGAUUUAGGCACAACUAGUAAAUUGUAAGGCAUAGAUUGAACAACUACUACCAGCACAAACAACAAGCAACCAACCCGCAUUCAGAGCAACAGCAGCAGACAAACGCCAUCAGCCCCGAAUCCAAUUCAGCACCACAACUACAUAAAGUAAACCAAACUGAGCAAGCGCCGAAAUAUUUAUCUCUAGCAAUUAAAGGCAUAUUUAUAGAGCAUCGUAAAUACCAGAUAUACAUACAUAAAUAAAUCUAUUCUGUAAGCGAAAUGAUAAUGAUACAAAAUGCAAAACACAAACGCAGAGUCAAGAGAUGAACAUUCAAAAACAAUAAACGUAUUUAACUACCA